UAAUUACUGAAGAGAGAGGGGUAUUGGGAAGAUGUAUAGAUCAGGAAGCGCUAAUAGAGUAUGGGAUGAUUACGUGAAGUACGAUUCAUCUUCUUCUUCAUCGAAACAUUCUCUUGCAAUUAUUAAAGGUUUGUCUCUAGAAACAAACAAUGUUGAAUUCAAUGAGCCGCCAAUAUCCUCCGAUCACGCGGCCAAGAAAGAAAGGGCUCGUACAAAGCUUGCUGAGAAUGCCGUCCAUUUAAUCCCUUUGGUUCUCUUCCUUUGUGCUUUCGUUCUUUGGUUUAUAUCCAAUCCCGAUAUUGAAGUUCCGAUUGGUGGGGAUGCGGUGGCGGCGAGAAUAGAGGGAAUGACGAUAGAAGGUGACAUGGAUAGUAGUGAUGGUACACAAACAGGGAAUUUGCCACUGGAAUUAUUGAAUGAGAUUGAUACGACCACAAAAAAUCAAAAUAGAAAUUACCGCCCAUGAGACUAUAAUAAUGGUAUGAUUCUAAGAAUGGAUCAUUUUUGGAGUUCAUGCAAUCAUGCGUCUUUGAAAUGAUCAUUUUAGUUACAGAAUUAUUAUAUAUUACUAUGGAUUGUAAAUUAAUAGAUAUAGAUAUUUGGGCAAUCAUUUUUUUUUACUUUCCAUAUCAUUUUCUUCUAGCAAAAUCACAUGAAGAUCAAAUCAUUAGUGAUUUUAUUAAGAAUUUUCUAAUUGUUCAGGAAGUUUUGACAGUUCAAUUUCUAAGUAUUGUAGCUCCAUUUCUAAUAUAUCUAAAUAAAUCGAAGUUUCCAUAUGUACUGUACUCUAUCGGUG